GCAAUCUGACCAAAGAAUCGGGCUGUAGCGAGGGGACUCCAAUGGGGCAGUUGUUAUUAUCAUCCGAUUUUUGUCAAAUAACCGAUAGAAUGGCCUGUGGAAGACAGCAGAAGGGACGAUUGUCUGCGUAAGAGAUUUCGGCGUAAGCUACUGUCGGCCUAACUCGCUGUUUAAGCCGGCAAGGGAAAGUUUGUCUCGCUGGAAAGGAAGGAACUUCUAUCCGCCCGUGGCGUGGAGAAUCUGGGCGGUUGGAGCGACUGCGAACGGAGGCAGUCUGUCAUCAUGGAAGAUUUUGGAACAGUAUUGGAUAAGAAUGUGGCCGACAUGACUGUGAUGGACGUGUAUGACAUUGCGGCAGUAGUGGGCCAGGAGUUUGAGCGCAUUAUUGACCAGUAUGGCUGCGAGGUCCUCUCACGGCUCAUGCCCAAAGUUGUGCGGGUUCUAGAGAUCCUGGAAGUGCUGGUCAGCCGGAACAGCCUUACCCCAGAGACAGAGGAGCUGAGACUAGAGCUUGAUAAACUGCGUCUGGAACGGAUGGACAGAUUAGAGAAAGAAAAGAAACACAAAAAGGAGCUGGAGUUGGUGGAGGAUGUGUGGAGAGGUGAGGCCCAGGACCUUCUGUCUCAGAUCGCCCAGCUGCAGGAGGAAAACAAGAGCCUGCUCAGCAGCAUGUCCAUCAAAGACUGCCCCAUGACUGAGGAGGACCUCCAGAGGCACGAAGGGAUGUCGGAGCGGGAGCGCCUGGUGAUGAAGAAGCUGAAGGAGGUGGUGGACAAGCAGAGGGACGAGAUCCGGGCCAAAGACCGCGAGUUGACCCUCAAGAGUGAAGACAUCGAGGCUCUCCAGCAGCAGCAGAACCGCCUCAUGAAGAUCAACCACGACCUGCGGCACAAGAUGAGCGUAGUGGAGGCGCAAGGCAAGGCUCUGAUCGAGCAGAAGGUGGACCUGGAGGCCUCGGGCCAGACCCGCCAGCAGGAGCUGCACGCCCUGCGCCAGGAAGUGACCAGGCUCCGCGAGCGUCUCCAAGGAGACCGGGAGACUGGGCCUGUCCAGGAGGAGCUGCCCCAAGAGCCGGUGACACAGGUGGCCCAGCGGUCUGAUGGGGCUGCUCCACGUGCCUCUCGAGGACAUGGCCUAUGGUCUGACCUCCCUCUCUAUCCCCAAGCCUCCUUUUACGCAGAGGAGCGGGAUGAGGAUGAUGAUGAUGAUGUGGAGGAGGAGGAAGCAGUGUUGCUAUGGGAGGCGCUGUGUGAUGAGGAUGCGGCUAAUCUGGACUCCAAAGACCCCAACCGCCCGCGCUUCACACUGCAAGAGCUUCGAGACGUCCUGCAUGAGAGGAAUGAGCUGAAAGCCAAAGUCUUCAUGUUACAGGAGGAGAUCGCCUACUACAAAAGUGAGGAGCAGGAAGACGAAGUCCCCCCGGCCCCUGCAGACACCGCCUUCAUGAUGAUGCCACGCCCUCGUCCCUCUGCUCAGCCUGAGUCGGGGAUCAAGCGCCUGUUUAGCCUCUUCUCCAAACGCCGCAGCGGUCAACAGCCCGGACAGGAAGUAGGCGGCCCCUGGGGCGGAGGGGUGGAGCCAUAUACAGAGCAGGCACAGGAAGCGCUACAGCACAUGGAUUCCCCGGAAGGACUCCACUAACGCUCGCUUUAGGAUGCCCUCAACAGACCCACACAGCUUAUUGCAAACAGCCCACAGAGCCACUAGAUGGCAGCACCGCAGAGGGAAUCCUGCCAAUCCCAUGUACCCAUCCCUCCACCCCCUUUGUCCCAUAACAGCACCUCCUGAAACAGACAAAAACAAAACAGAAACGACAAAGAAAGCCAACAAAGUAUUAUCCAAAACCAUCACACUCGUUACAACCCCUCUCCACUUGUGCGUGUGGUGUGCAUCAUUCUUGGCCUGAAGCUGCUAAAGUUUGGGUGAGAGGUCCAUGGAGUUCUGCAUUGGAGGAAGGGUUCUCUGUGUGUGUGUGUGUGUGUGUGUGUGUGUGUGUGUGUGUGUGUGAAUGCUGCUCAUCAGCAGGUGUGAUGAUGUUCUCCCAGAACAAACUGGAACAAGGCACCCUGAAGGAGAACAAAAACUGAAAUAAGAGACUGUUAACCCUGUUUUAGCUCACAGGUGUGGGAAAGACAAGGAGGACGAGACACGUAGACUUGAGUGCGUCACGCCAGAUGGAAAGAGAAAAGGUUGGAUUUCGUAGGUAAUGCAGUUCAGAGUAGGCUAAAUGAGUUUGGAAACAUGUAGGAACAGGAAGUCUGUGGGGGUGUGGAGAUGAAUGGAUAAGGGAAUACAAACACAUUUUUUAAUGGCUUGUAAAGCACAGCCAGUAAGGGUAAGAAAUGGCAAACUCACAAGGGAUUACUUACCAUGUGGAGAAGCAUUUUUUAAAAAGAUCUUUUUGCGAUCUGUGUACAAUGCAAUGGAAACAUAUUGAAAGUGGAUAUAUUAAUAUUUAAUAGGCUCAUUGGAGUGUGUAUAUGUGUGUGUAUGUAUAACUCUGCUCAAUGACAGGCUGAAAGCACUUAAAAACUGAAGGUGAAAGCCUGCUCAAGGAUUCAAGGAAAAAUGUAAUGCCAUCUUGCAGUGGGUUGUUGGAAUUAAGUAACUUGAAGUCCCAUCUUAACUUAUAGCUUUUUUGUAAGUAGUUUUCUCACCAUAUUGAUCAGCAUAUGAUUGGCAGCUUCUAAUCAAAGUGCACUCUGGCAUUGCAUUGAAGGGAAUUGGACAGGGAUAUUUUGGUUGUUUUAUUUUUUUUAAUUUAAAGACACUUUGACAACUGCUUGGAUGGAACAUGGAUCCAUCAGCUAUGUUAUUCUCUUGUGGAUGCUGAUGCAUCAGCUUCAGAGUUAUUGAAGUAGAAAAAGUGUCUUACUGAAAGCACAAGACAUUUACAACAUGCAGCAUUCUCUUUUAUUAGGAAAUAAUAGAAAGGAAUAUAAGCCUACAAAUUGUAGAACACACUGCAUACUGAAGUUCCAAGGCUUAUACAGUAAAAAAGGAUUUGGCUUGUCACAGACCCAUUCCUUGUGGUAGUUUUACUUCUUUAAGAUGAUCUGGCAUCUGGUUUUUAUUUUACCAAUGACACAGUGUGUUAAUUAUUUGGGUGGGUGGGGGGACUGAAUUCCUGUCAUUCUGAAUAAAUCCAACAACAGCCAGUCACACAUAACAUGGUCACAUAUGGAUCUCCUUGUGCUUUAAAAGUGGUUACAAUUCUCCAAUAGAAAUUAAAGUUACUGAAGCAUUAAA